AUGAAACAAUCCAACUCCGCCUGCGAGCUCUCACCAACCAGAGACACCUCCCCAGUCGACCAGUCAUUAACGAACAGAAACCUCCCAACAAAGGAGGAAACGGCACUUCUUGAAACCCAGCUCGAAGAGUCUCUUGCCAACGCCCACGAGCACAAGUCUCCUACGCAAAUUCCAACUCUAUCGCCCGAGCAAACAGGCGAAAUGGCCCCCCUCCGCAGAUCUGGCCGCCAGCCGAGAGCCACGCAAAAAGCAUCACCAACCACAACAACCACCAAGGUCAUCAUCAAGAAGCCAAAAACCACACGACGCAAGAACUGGUCCGCCGAAGACCUUCUCACGAAUGCAAAGUCGCCAUUGGUGAACGGAGACAUCAGGGCUAUGCUCAGCGCCCCUGCCGCCUGGGAGAUCCUCACGGCAGACGAGCGCGCCGAGAUCAUCAUGCUGCUGCCGGCGGGAACGCCCAUGCUAGACGCUGGCACGCCCGAGGCCCGCCCCGACAUGGCGAGCCUUGCCUCUGACGACUCGUUCCGCCAUGACUGCGCCCGGUAUGCCGAAAACCUGGGCGAUGGCAAGCACGAUCCCCAGUGGCUGGAGGAGGCGUGGUCUGCACACGACGAGCGCGCUGCGGGGGAGUUUGAGGAGUAUCUCGAGCAUCACUUUGAGGAGGAGUGGGGCGUGAAGCUGCCCGAUGAGAUGAAGAAAAGUCUCAGUGUUCGACGGGAGGAUGGACGUGCGAGCCGCGAGUUGAGUGCGCCGGCGAAUGGAAAGAGCGAAGCCAACGGCACUGUCGAGGUGACGGGGGACCCGAGAAAUGGCACUGAAGAGGAGUUCGUUGCGGAGGAUGGGCCUCCAGAGCCAAAGUCGCCUGGAAUGGAAACGUCUGUUGAGAAGGAGACGAAUGAGAUGGAGAGAAUUGUCAAGGACGACGCCACGACGGGCGAGGAAGCUACCAAAGACGAGCAAGCCACCAUGGACGAGCAAGCCGCCAAGGACGAGGAAUCUACGCUGGAGCAUGACACUGUUGAGACCAAGGGGCGAAUCUGGGCAGCACGCGAGCACCCGGUCUUAACCCCUCUCGGCAUCACGAGCUUCACUCGCGGCCAGCCUCGCGUGUUCCUGACGGGCCUCAUCUACGUGCCCAUCAACGUGCUCGCGGGCCUCGCCGACGGCAACAUUGAGCGGGCGUCCGGGUACGCCUUCAUCGGCAUGAUGUUCCUCUACGGCAUCGUGUCGUCGUUUUGCUGGACGCCGCUGCAGGCGCUGUACCCGGCCGAGGUGCUGAGCACGGACAUUCGGGGCAAGGGGCUGGCGGCCAACAACCUGAUCGCCGGGCUGUUCGGCUUCAUCAACCUCUAUGCCAUCCCGACGGGUCUCGAGAACAUUGGCUGGCGGAUGUACACGAUUCUGCUGUCGCUGCACGUGGUACACUGGCUGCUCAUGUGGUUCGUGUCCGUGGAGACGAUGGGCCGGUCUCUGGAGGAGCUUGAGGAGAUCUUCCACGAUCCGAAGCCAAUCAAGAGGAGCAAGCAGUUCAACAAGGUUGUCGUCGGGUCGGGCGUGGGUGUCAAGGUGACGGACGCCUGA